GUUUCGUAAUUUUCCAAGCUAGACCUUCCUAGCCAGGAGCCAAGAAAGUGAGAGACAGGAAGUGGAAGAAGCCGAAGAAGGUGAAGAACAGAAAGUAGAAAAUUUCCAGGCUUAUCUGUCGAAUUUCGUCUCAGGCGUCGUCGGCCUUAUUAAUUUCUAGAUGGAAGGGAUGAAGGAAGGCACAUCCAACAAAGUUGACAUUAUUCCUCUUCAAAAAGAAUGGGAUGAGGUUUCCUGCCCAAUCUGCAUGGACCAUCCUCAUAAUGCUGUCCUCCUAUUCUGCAGCUCACAUGAGAAUGGCUGCAGAUCGUACAUUUGUGAUACCAGUUAUAGGCACUCAAACUGCCUUGACCAGUUUAAAAAAUCAAGAGUAAAUCAUGAGGAUAGCUCUUCUCUUUCAAGUUCCCUAGUUCAAGAGAACUCAACUGUUGAACAAAAUGAUAAUAGGAUUCAUGAAACCCUGACAUCUUUGUCCUUUUUGACAAGCCCAAGGAUGACAAGGAACUCUAAUGAAAACCUGAACCAUGCAGAAAAUAGUAACAGAAUAAUGGCACAAAUAUCUCAAACAAGUGAAGAAAAUGGCAGCAGCCAGCAAGAUAGAAUUGCAGCAACUCAGGUAGAUGGAACAAUCAACCAUGAUGGACACAAUGUAGGGAACAUAUCAAAGUCUGGCAGCUUGAAGUGCCCCCUUUGUCGAGGAACUGUUUUGGGCUGGAUGAUCGUUAAUGAAGCAAGACAGUACUUGAAUCUUAAACCAAGGAGUUGCUCUCGCGAAUCAUGCUUGUUUACUGGUAACUAUAUGGAGUUGCGACGGCAUGCUAGGAAGGUUCACCCAUCUUCAAGACCUGUUGAUGUAGAUCCAUCAAGACAGAAAGCCUGGCGCCGCUUGGAAAACCAGAGGGAGCAUGGCGACAUCCUCAGUGCCAUAGGAUCUGCCAUGCCAGGUGCAAUUGUGCUUGGGGAUUAUGCUAUCGACAAUGUUGAUCCUCUAUCCCGCGAACGCGAUUUUGGUGGGGUUGGUGGACCAUUGUGGUCCACUUUGUUUUUAUUUCAUAUGAUUAGCAGCAGCCAAUAUGGUACUCUUGAUGGGACAAGAAGAUCUUCAAGACCUUAUGGACACCGUAACCUGUGGGGUGUGAAUCUCCUUGGUCUGCAAGAUGAUUAUGAUGAUGAUGACGUUAGUGACUUAAAUCUAGAUGAUGAUGUCAUGGUUCCAAGGAGGCGCAGGAGGUUCACAAGACCUAGGCGUAAUGAGGAGCAACCAUGAUGAAUGAUGGUGAUUUCUGGUAAUUAGUCUCCAACCAGACUCUGUGAAGAGCCAUGUUGAUAGUGUUGAUAUGUCCGGAAGCUGUUGCAGAGCUCAAGACAUUUGGAAAUUUGGGACAGAGUAGGCUAUGCUCAAUACAAAAAAUUAAAUUUGGUCUGUAGGGUUUUGAUUUAUUAUGCAAGGUACUUUUCAUGAGCCAUCAUACUUGUUAUUGUCAAACUGAGAUAUUUUCAUUGUGUUGAACUUCUUUAUGUAUCUGUAGUCGGUUAAGAUUGAUCCACAGGAUGGGCCAUGCCUGUGCUGCCUUCAUAACCAAGAUGUACAUACCUACUAUUUAAAUUGCAUCACUAGUAGAUAUUCGUCUGUUGCAUUGGUUGCAAUAACAUUUCAGAAA